AUGAGCAUAAGUAUAUAUUUGAUCGAAAACUCUAAAUUAGAUAUCAUUCAUCGUUUUGCAGAUGAUGAAAUCACCCGCCCUGGACCGGUUACUGGGAUGGAGUCAGCUUCAGUCCCAGUACAACCAUCAGUUUCACUGACAAACAAUGCACAGAGAAUUAGACUAAGACGUCCACCAAAUGUCCGAUUAGAUGAUGAAGAUACUCAUUCUGCAACUGUUCCUGUAGUGGACUUUACUUCGGUUCAAAUGAAUUUAUCAAGAUCAUCAAGAACUAGACCGAGACGUCCACCGUUUAUACGAAUUCCUCGAUUAGAUGUUGAAGAGACUCUUCCUGAUCCUAUCAAUAGAAUAGAAUUAACUCCAACACAAAUUAAUUUAACAAGUUCUCCGGCCAGCAGUGAGCCGAGAACUAGACCGAGACGUCCUCCAUUUGCUCCAUUUGUUCCUCGAUCAGAUGAUGAAGAGACUGCAUCUUACAUUACAAUGGAUUUUUCUACAUUUCGAAUGCGUUCUCCAAUUAACAGUUCACCAAGAACCAGACCAAGACGUCCACCAUUCCCUGGUUUGACUGAAUUGAGAUCGCAAAAUGAUACAGGAUCGCAACAUUUGAGUAACUCAAUUGAUACAAAUUCUGGAGACAUUCUACUGGCAGAAACUGGACAUUCAUUAGAUGAAGAUAAUAUGCAGAGCGCAUUUCAUCGAAAAUUGGCUGAUGAAAACAGUGAAAAAAAUGAUUUUACGUACAAAAAACAAUUUGAUGAAAUUAUAAAAAAUGUUGAUUCAGAACUGCGGUGUAAUAUAUGUUUCGACAUUUUUACUAAACCAACUGUUCUGAACUGUACGCACAUGUUUUGUUUUCGAUGUAUUGAAACAUGGACCGAGAAUGUUAACAGAUGUCCACUAUGUCGAAAACCAGUAACUAAUAAAACGUAUUGUUUACCACUUGAUAUAUUUUUGAAGAAAAUUACUCCUUGUUUACCAAAUUAAACAAG